AUGGUAAACAGACAGCGGGGGUAUUCACAAACACCUCGCAAUCGGACCUACGACCGUGUGUUAGUGAAUCCUACCCUAGAGAGUCAGCCCAAGAAACUAAACCCUGAGAGACUGAACCCGAGACGGAGUGUGCCCGAGAGACUGAACCGAGAAGGAGGUUCUGUGCCUUUUCACCGAGAGGGAGUGAUCCGAGAGACUGAACCCGGAGGGAGUGAGCCCAUAGAUGAUCGUCCCAGACGUCGAGCCAUGGCCGUUCCCUCCGUAAGCCUAAGGACGCUGCAUAAUCAAACCAUUGGCCGCAAUCCUCCUCUGCGGCGACCUGAUACAGCCUUCGGAAGGACCCAGCACAAAUCAGAGAGACAAGACCAGGGCCUCGUGCUGCCUAGUGUCUACUCCGUUAGGGGUCCUCACCUCCCCUUUCCCCAGUUUGUCGACGGUCGGGACAACAUCGACUCGUUCGUGCGGAGAUUCGAAAACUGGGCUACACAGGGGUGGCACUGGAACGUGCUGAAAAGGGCAUUACUGGCCCGGUACAACCUUACGGAAGAAGGUUAUCGGAAAAAGUUCCGGGAGAGCGACCAGGAAGCUCAGAAAGAAACACCCCUACAAUUCAUGUGUCGACUCAACGACUGCUUCGACAGAUGGGUCCUGCAAUCAGGGGUGAGUCAUGACUAUGAGGGGUUAAAGUGGCUGAUGGUGAAGGAACAGUUCCUCAAUAAAUGCGCGCGAAUCAGGGGGCAUCGUCAUCUCAGCCUGCCUCCAGGAAUCGAGUUGAUGAUCGCGCUGCGCCGAGGACAGAAGGGAAUCGACGACCACCCACUGGAACUUCGUCUCCCCGAUGCUUCCGGUGCAACCGUAUCGGGCACCGGGCAACAGGAUGCCCCUCGGCACAACAGAGGAGUAGGUGACUUGGACAGCAGAAGCUCACCCGUUACCUUGUAUGCGGGAGUCGGAACCACCGCCGGCAAAGGCAGACUGAAUCUGGUGGAAGGCAAGGUUGGGGGAAGGAAAGUUAACGUCCUCCGCGACACCGGCUGCACUACAGUUAUAGUGAAGGCGAAAUAUGUAAGGGACAGCGAAUAUACUGGAGCCCCUGUCAGGAUAAAGUUGUUGGACAACACGGUCAGGAGGGCAUGGCCAGUACGAAUCUGGAUUGACACCCCAUACCUGCAGGGGCAGGUGAACGGUCUGUGCAUGCCAAACCUCAUUGCUGACCUUAUCAUCGGAGAAAUUCCUGGUGCAGGGCCCCCGGAGCAAACGAAUCAAGUGGCAGGCGCCGCGACGACCAGGGCAGCUGCAAGAAGACAACGGGAGACACUGAAGACCCCCGCCAGCUCGCCGUGCACAUCGCUGAACAAAGCUGAGCUGGUCAAGCAGCAACACCUCGACAUCACUCUAAACAGAUUUAGGAAGCUUACAGAGGUCCGUGGUAAAGGACGGCGUGAGAUAUGGUACGAGAUCGUCGACGACGUCCUUUAUCGUGUUGCAAGCCAUCUAAGAGGGAAACGCGAACAACCUCUCCGACAAGUCGUUGUCCCCACGCCGUUAAGGAGCCAGGUGAUGGAUGUAGCUCACUGCUCUCUCAUGGGCGGUCAUCUCGGCACCAGAAAAACGAAGGACAGGGUCCUUAGUAAUUUCUUCUGGCCCGGUUGUGGAGCCGAUGUCAGACGCUUCUGUCAGUCAUGCGAUGUGUGUCAAAGGACAGUGAAACGGGGUACUGUACCAAAGGUCCCUUUGCAAAAAACACCACUGAUCGACACUCCCUUCAAGCGGGUGGCAGUGGACCUUGUUGGUCCUAUAAAGCCAGCAUCCAGCGAAGGCCACCGAUACAUCCUCACGUUGGUUGAUUAUGCAACCAGGUACCCGGAGGCGGUCCCCCUGAAAAGGAUCAUGACUGAGGCGGUGGCAGAGGCCUUAAUGGAAAUCUACAGCCGGCUGGGCAUACCAGAGGAGAUUAUCCAUGACCAGGGAACACAAUUCAUGUCUGACUGCAUGCAUGAGGUGAGCCGUCUGCUCAGUGUGAAGCAGUUGCCUACGACCCCUUACCACCCCAUGAGCAACGGCCUGGUGGAGAAAUUCAAUGGCACCCUCAAGGCAAUGUUGAGUCGUCUGUGCGCAGAGCAACCCCGACAGUGGCACCGGUACCUGAAUCCCCUACUAUUCGCUUAUCGCGAAGUGCCUCAGGCAUCCACUGGUUUUGCCCCGUUUGAACUCCUAUUUGGGCGUGAGGUUCGGGGUCCCAUGGGAAUCCUGCGGGAGCUGUGGACGGGAGAAAAAAUCGCCCCUCAAGUCAAAACCAGCUACCAAUAUGUGUUCGACCUCCGCAAGAGGAUUGAAGAGACCAUGGCGCUGGCAAGAGGAAACUUAGAAGGAGCCCAGAACCAGUACAAAAAGCAGUACGACCGCAGGACGAAGGCACGUUCGUUCAAGGCGGGUGAUGAAGUUUUGGUCCUUCUGCCGGCCACCCACAAUAAACUGCUAAUGCAGUGGAAGGGGCCCCUGAGAGUGGAAGCUCGCCGAGGCAAUGUAUACCAGCUAAGAGUGGGUAACAAAUUGAAGGCCUUCCAUGCCAACCUCCUGAAAGGGUACGUCAGACGUACAGACUGUGUAGCUGACCAGCAGCCUACGACCACCUGUGGCGACUCCAACACGGACCUGCCCCCUGCUCAUAACAUUGAGAAUGCUGCAGCUGCAGUGAUCGAAUGGGAGGAGGACAACAGUGAGGACGCAAUCCCGGGAGAUCUCCUAGAGGCCCUCGAUCGGACGGACUCAAGCUCGCAAGGUCACGUCAAGAUGGGACAACAGUUAUCCCAACUUCAGCACUCGGAACUGGGGUCCUUAAUUGGAAAAUAUCAGGGUAUGUUUUCCGGGCUUCCGGGAGUGACCGACCUUAUCACCCAUCAUAUCCGAACGAGCGACGAGAUACCUGUUCGGGCAAAGCCAUAUCCUGUUCCAUAUAAGCUCAGGGAAGCCCUUCAAGGCGAGGUACAAGACAUGUUGGAUACGGGAAUCAUCCGGGAAUCCCGGUCGCCGUACGCAUCACCAGUCGUGGUGGUAAAGAAAAGAGAUGGCACCUAUCGGGUGUGUGUGGACUACCGCCAGCUAAACAAAAAGGUCGAGUUUGAUCCCAUGCCCAUGAGCACCGCAGAAGACCUACUGCACAAGCUAGGAGGGAUCCUACUGAAGGGGAUGAGUGGAGUUGAGAGUUACAUUGAUGACAUCAUUGUCCACUCAGCCACUUGGGAGCAACAUCUUCAGCUUCUGGAGGAACUCUUUAGUAGGAUCAGUGCGGCCGGGAUGACAGCUAGACCAUCUAAAUGCACUCUGGCUACCGACAGAGUGGAGUUCAUUGGGCAUGUGCUUUCCGAUGGAUCCAUGGGACUAUUAGAAAGUAAUCUAGAGAAGAUUAAACAGGCACCCCUUAAGCGACCGUGCCUCUCCGGAUACAGUGCUGGCUCAAGUGAACUAACCUACGGUGAUACAGCGCCUGUGACUAAGCCAACGAAUAACCUCGUAUAG